AUGGAUCAAGAAGACAUGUUUGAGUUGGACGAAGAGGCUGAGUUGGAAUUCGCGCCCGAAGGCGAGGCUCAGGUCUUGGCAGACGACCACUACGAGUGGGCUACGCCCGCUGUCCCGGACGACUUCGAUCUGGACACCACUUCUAUGGAGCAACUCGCAGUGGGUGCGGCCUAUCUAGUGGAAUCAGGUGAGAUGUCACCGGAGGAAGCUGAGGAGGUCAUGGACAUUUACCUCCCGAGCAAGUCGCCUUGGCACAGCGCAGGAGGCAUGUUCAGCAGGCACUGGACGCUCUUCCCCACCCGACCGCCCCCACUGCGACACCGAGCCAAGAUGGCGAAGCUCAGAGCUGCACAAUCUGUCAAGAGGAACUUUUUCAAGUUGGCCGACCUGUUGUCCAGCUCCCAUGCCACCCGUCCCACCUUUUCCACCAAGACUGCCUCCAACCCUGGAUCGAGCAGAACUCAACAUGCCCUUUCUGUCGCGUUGUAG